AUGUGGAGGUCCCCUCCCCCCACUGCCACAUCCGCAGCAGGGGGAGAUAGGAGAAGGGGGGGGGGGGGGGGGCUGGUGCUGCAGAUCCCCUCCCCCCCCACUGCUGCACCCGCAGCAGGGGGGAGGGCACGCGGGCAGGAGGAACCCCCUCUUGCCACCCCCUCACCCACCAUGUUGCAACAGGGCACCGGGGCCGCGGUUAGGGGCGGCAGGUCGCGAGGGGCCAUGGCUAGGGGCGACGGGGCCAUGGCUAGGGACGGGGCCGGGCGCUGGGCAGGUACGGGGCCGGGUGCUGGGCUAGGGACGGGGCCGGGUGCUGGGCAGGUACGGGGCCGGGCUUUGGGCAGGUACGGGGCCGGGCGCUGGUCAGGUACGGGGCCGGGCGCUGGGCAGGUACGGGGCCGGGCACUGGGCAGGAACGGGGCCGGGCGCUGGGCAGGUACGGGGCCGGGCGUUGGCAGGUACAGGGCCGGGCGUUGGGCAGGUACGGGGCCGAGCGCUGGGCAGGUUCGGGGCCGGGCGCUGGGCAGGGACGGGGCCGGGCGCUGGGCAGGUAAGGGGCCGGGUGCUGGGCAGGUACGGGGCCGGGCGUUGGGCAGGUACGGGGCCGGGCGCUGGGCAGGGACGGGGCCGGGCGCUGGGCAGGUAAGGGGCCGGGCACUGGGAAGGAACAGGGCCGGGCGCUGGGCAGGUACGGUGCCGGGCGCUGGGCAGGUACGGGGCCGGGCGCUGGGCAGGUACGGGGCCGGGCGCUGGGCAGGUACGGGGCCAGGCUCUGGGCAGGUACGGGGCCGGGCGCUGGCAGGUACAGGGCCGGGCGCUGGGCAGGUACGGGGCCGGGCGCUGGGCAGGUUCGGGGCCGGGCGCUGGGCAGGUACGGGGCCGGGCGCUGGGCAGGUACGGGGCUGGGCGCUGGGCUAG